GCUUCAUGGUCACCAGCUAACAGCAGACUGCGUUUGUACUUAUCUACUGUUGGUGCUCCGAUCAGCUCUCACUCGGUGGCAACCUCGAUGAACCUGGUGAAUGCAUUGUUCUGUCGUUUUCGUCGCCUUUUUUCUUGGGGCACUCUGGCGAUGAAAACGGUUUAUUUCGCGUUGACCAGGUUUCUUCCUCUUGCUCGACUCAUGUUUUCACAACACAAGGCUACUGGGCUGUCAAGUAUCCCGGUUCUGUUGGUGAACGAUGAGGUCAAACCAUCACCCGCAGCUGCCCGCCUGUUUCUACUGGAAGUGCACACUCUCGCACGCCUUACUGGUAGAAACAAGGAGGAUACCUCUGUCACCGAUCCUCUAUCCACCGCUCAGUUAGUUCUCGCCUGUGCCGGGGAUUUCGUUAAUGCACUACUCCAAUACAUGAGUUCACUGGAUUCUCAAAGGAAUUCGGCAGAGUUCCUGCCUCCUGCUUUGACCCUGAAAGAAGGUUUUGUCCUUAUCCUGGCUAUUAAGGACAUGGGCGGUCCGAAAUGGAUGGAGCGCCUGUUCAUGAAAUGGAUCGUUUGCCUAACCGGUUCACUCACAGGCACCAAUGUCUGGAGCUCAUUCGCGAGCAACCCAGUGCUCAGCACACUGGUCGUUGAAUUGUCGCGCGAUAAACUGCUGAAAUGUUCGGAAUGUUUUCCCUCUGCAUCGGACAUCGCGCAGAUUUUGCGUGUCACUUUACUUCAAAGUGUAAUGGAUCAUUCUUUGCAUAAACUGGCCCACAGCGAAUGGCACGAACUGAACAAUCUUGAUCCAUACAUCUCAUCUUUGCUCCAACUUUCCCGCCACGACGAGCACAGAAUGGCAACUAGUCCAUCCCUAUCAAGCGUAUUUUACGCGGACGUCGAGAGGACCGAGUGGUGGGCCCGUUUUAUUCGCGUUGCGUGGUUACAUCGACUGCGGGAUUCGGACCCCUGCUAUGCUAGCGAACGCGCGAUGAUUCAUCGCCCAUCCAGAGGCGUCAUCGGCUGCCUACACGCUGGGCACCUGGCUGAAUCCAUUUGGCUCGCUUCCAGGUCAGCCCGAGUUCGUUAA